UGUGUAAAAGUAGUCUUGAAAUCUUUCAGCAUAACAUAAUCCUAAUCAUAUUUUAAUUUAAUUAGAGUAAUAAUGGACGCUAAGGAGUUUAGAGUAAUUGGUAAAGAAGUGGUUGAUUAUAUUGUGGACUACUUAGAGAAUAUUAGAGAUCGUCGAGUGUUUCCGGAUAAGAAACCGGGAUUCAUUAGGGACCAGAUACCUGAUUCGGCACCUGUGGAAGGCGAAUCUUGGUCGGAAAUUUUUAGUGAUGUGGAAUCCAUAAUCAUGCCAGGUGUAACCCAUUGGCAAAGUCCACACAUGCACGCGUAUUUCCCAGCUUUGAACAGCUAUCCAUCAAUGUUAGGCGAGAUGAUUACAAAUGCGAUCAAUUGUAUUGGAUUUACUUGGGCUUCAAGCCCAGCAUGUACUGAACUUGAAAUGAUGGUAAUGAAUUGGCUGGGAAAAAUGAUUGGUUUACCAGAUGAGUUUUUGCAUAGGAAAGGUGGAAGUGGAGGCGGUGUUAUACAAACUACUGCCAGUGAAUCAACAUUAAUAUCUCUGUUGGCUGGAAGAUACAUGGCGAUGAAAAUGUAUCAAGAACUGUAUCCGGAUAUAACUAAACAUGAAAUUAACGGAAAACUGGUGGCCUACUGUUCCGAUCAGGCUCAUUCAAGCGUCGAAAAAGCUGCAUUAAUAGGUUUAGUGACUUUAAGAUACAUUGAAUCGGACGAAAAUUUGUCAAUGACUGGAUCUAAAUUACUGCAGGCCAUUAAGGAAGACAGAGAAAAUGGACUGAUACCCUUUUGGGUUUGUGCUACUUUGGGAACCACUGGGUCUUGUGCUUUCGAUAAGCUACAUGAAGUAACUGAAAUCUGCUACAAUGAAUUAGUUUGGUGUCACGUAGAUGCCGCUUAUGCUGGAAGCGCUUUCAUCUGUCCGGAGUACCGUGACUGGUUGAGAGGCAUAGAAAAGGCUAGUUCCAUUGCUUUCAAUCCUUCUAAGUGGCUAAUGGUACACUUCGACUGCACUGCUAUGUGGGUAAAAAAUAGCGGUGCCUUGCAUGGAGCUUUCAACGUAAAUCCGUUGUACUUAACUCACGAGUACUCGGGCUUGGCCAUCGAUUACAUGCAUUGGCAAAUACCACUGAGCAAGAGGUUCAGAGCUUUAAAACUGUGGUUUGUUAUCAGGAACUACGGCAUUAAAGGUUUGCAAAGACAUAUUCGCCAGUCUGUUUAUUUGGCCGAAAGGUUUGAAUCUUUGGUACGAGUAGAUAAUCGCUUCGAAAUACCCGCCAAGCGGCACUUAGGGCUGGUUGUUUUUCGACUGGUGGGUGAUAAUGUUAUAACUGAAACACUGUGGAAACGUUUGAACUCAAGAGGAAGAAUCCAUUGUGUGCCCGCUUCUCUGAAGGGAAAAUACGUGAUUAGGUUCACCGUAACGUCGCCAAGAACCACCAUGGACGACAUCAUUACCGACUGGAAGGAAAUAGCUACAGUAGCAACGCUCGUACUGAAAGAUCUUGUUAAUGAGAAAAGGCAAAAAGUUCCUCUUGGUGAUACUAGGGAAAAGAAUGAGAAUUUUGGCACAAGUUUACUUCUCUCUAAUUCUCCUAUGUCGCCGAAAAUAGUAAACGGCUCUUUUGCCGCCAUUUACGAUCAAGGGGACGUAUUAGCCGACUUUUCUCGUACAAUUAAACUGAGACAAAAUGCACAAGACAGUCCAGAUGUGACUGAAAAUAUAGGUAGAAACGUACUAAGAGACAUAUUUUUAGCAAUGCGUAGACGGAUAAGAGGAAUACUGAUGUCGGGAAAACAAUUUUCCUUAGACUCAAGGUUGGACUUGUUCCACGGCAUUGAAAGUCCCAUAGAACAGGAACCGGGUGAAGCAACAGCCAACUUACCUGUUUUGGAAGACACCGAGGAGAAAAGUAGCAGUCCUUCAGAUGUGAAUGAAGAACCUGAUUAUUUGACUGAUGAUUUUCUACAAAUACCAUUUCCGAGGCAGACUAGAUCGAAGUCUAUGGACAAUCAGAUUCCAUUAUCUAUUAAGGGUUGUUUGGACUCCAAAAAAAUGUGCACGAAAUGUGGACACGAAAUUUUAGAUAAAUCAGAGUAAGCUGUUAAAUAGUAAGUUUACGUGUAUCCUUAAUUGUAGUAUUUACUGUUUAGAUUGUCUUAAAUAUAUAGGAAAUAUGUGUGUACAUAAAUAUAAUCAAAUAAUUAUCCAUCAAUUAAUGAAUCUGUAAUACUGUUAGAAUUUAGGAUGGUGUUCUAUAAUAUAUAGUCUAAUUUCCUUCAUGUGAACCGA